GGCAUACUCUAAUGUUAGCAACCUUUUGAAUAAUUUUGGUCCAUUUAAUGGAGGUGGAGGAUCCUUUGCGUUCGAAGGUGUCAACCGGAGAAGGCGUCAAGCCUAUCAUCACAGACAAAACUUCCACCACCACCAUCAGCAACAACAAGGAUCAGAAACAGGACAAACCUCACUUAUCCUACAGACGCUUCCAAUUCUCGUUCUUCUCGGGAUGUCUCUGUUGUCAUCUUUUCUUGCUCAAGACCCUCCCUACUCUCUUAUACAAAGCAGCAAAUAUCCGCACGAGCGGGUAACGAUGAAGUUUAAGGUUCCGUAUUUCGUCCAAGAUGGUUUCAGUCGUGACUUCAAUCGCAACUCUAUAUUGAGGUUGGAGGAGCAAAUUGAAGCUGAAUUCAUCAUAAACCUUCGGCAUAGUUGUUUUAGAGAACGUCAAAAUCGAGACGCUAUGUUAUGGAGAGCUCGGCACACCGGCAACAGUAUUUGGGCUACGCGAGCUAAAGAAGUGGGCGUUCCCAGCUGUGACCGUCUUGCCGAUUUGCACGUACGAGCAUAGGGAAUACGUUUCCGCCCCAGUACAAUACAACAGCGGUAACAACAACAAAAUAGUUAGCCAUUGCAGAAGUAACAGCAGCACCAUUUCCAAAUGUAAUAAUAUUCAUUCAAACCGGAAACAGUUCUGUAUCUAGUCGGAAGAAAAUAUUGCAUUAUUUUUAAUUAAAAAUGUCUAAUGUCAUAUAGACUAAGAUACUUCAACUGACUAACAAACUAAUAUAGAUUUUAAUAACGAUUUAUAGUUUAUUGAAAUAAUAUUUUUAGCUCCGGUUGGAAUAUGGCGGUCUGAGUAUUCGGCUUCGAGGUGUGUCCUAAAUUCACUCGCCAGAAAACCAUCAAGCAAUUUUUGGUUUUGUUGCUCUUCGAUUGACCACAAUCGGAUAUAUAUUAAAAAGUAUAGCCGUCAUGUGAAAAAAUAAUGAUACUGAGGUUAAUAUACGGUUAUCAUUCGUAACUGAUCGGUGAGAUCAUAAAAGAGGUGCUAACGUUAUGUAGCAGUGUUUUUAUCGAACACGCAGAUUUUGUACAGGGCUCCAAACAACAGAGAAAUGUAAACUUGAGUUGUGAGGUACGGUGUCCUCUUUCAGUGUACCCACCUCUGUUAUGAAUAUACCAAUUACUAUGUACUACACUCGUUUUGUUAUUCUAAUUUAAUUCUGAGUAAGAUAAGAUUUUUCCUUGAAUGCAUCGAAAUAUAUGAUGAGAAGAGACACUUGCAUAGGCCGAAAUUGUCAUAACGCUGAACAAGAGCUUCAGCGAGGCCACCUACCUGAAAUGUUAUCACAUGGCUUUAUCAUAACGACUUUAUAACAGACUAAAUUUGCCUUAAACACAGGACUUCAACAAUAAAGUUAAUAAUAACGGUAAGUUUAUUCGCAAACUCACCGAUACACUCAUACAAAUGUUUCAUUAGUACUAUAAAUGAAUACUCGAAUUAAAAAUCAACGAACUUUUCUAAGAACAAAAAAAUGUCGUAGAAUACUUUAUUUACUACCGAACGCUUGACUUAAAGUAUAGUGCGGAUAAAUUAUGGUUGAAUGAUGAGUUUUUAGAAGAAAAAAAAGCACACAUUACAAACACAGUAAACUGGGAUUGACCGCAAUCGAGCGGAUUGCAUGAACUUACAAUAUAUUAAGGAAAAACUCUUGACAUGCUACGCUAGGCAAUGUGUACAUAGAAGAGUGGGAAAAAGUAGGCACACAUGUUGAAAAGUAGGUGAUAAGCACAUGAUAAGGGCGUGAGAAAGCGACGCAUAUUGUUUGUUGUGAUAUACAAAAUAUAACUAUAAAAACUACGGGGUAAUUUUUCUAUAUAGAUUCCAGAGAGAGUCCGGAUUCCUUUUUGAUAGACUAUGAUCACAUACUUUGUAACACUUAACUGUGUAGAGUUAAGGCUUUGUUCAAGAACGUAUUGGUCACACAGAUAAGCUGUUCUGAAUGUCUCCUCUCUAAAAAUCGAGACCGAGAAGAGACCAUAUUUAACAGUCCUAACCAAUGUAAAUGUGAUUAAAAAUUAAUACAAAGUACAAUAGGGAAAUGCCGAUCGAUAAUAUUGGGAAUAACAAUAUGUUUUAUUACAUAAAUAACCUAUAAUAGUAGAAUAAUUAGUACAUUAAAAUAAGUCGAUAAGUUACACCAAAAAAUGAUAUGUAAAAAAAAUAUUGACAGGAAAUGUAUAAAAUAGUUGAAAAACAAUUACAACAACAGGUAUAUGUAAUAUCACAGUCGUUCGACGAGACAAAGAGAUAACAGAGCCUUUGAAUGUCGGGUCGAAUUUAUCAUUAGUGUGUGAUCAACACAAAACCUAUAUUCGACAUCCUAGGUAUUUUAAAUACAAAAAAAAAUAGGCAAAGGGUUGCGAAAGAAGCAUUUUAUUGCAUGACUUUAUUUAACAUAGCGUUCAUUUUAGUAUAUGUUCAUAUGAUUUUUUUAAUAUUUUAUCUCAAUAUUCUUAUCUUGUCCCUGUAUUAUUUUUCUAUUGCAUUUUCCAUUGAACUUAGACAAAUUCUCUCCUAACAUAAGUCCUGUCUUUCUUCGCUUUGCCCAUAUACUUUAUCCGUGCUUAAGUAGCUCGUAUAUGUAAUGCAAAGUUAAUUAAUAGGGUUAUGUGGUAUAUAAGUUUGUUUCCUGGUGGUCUAGCUACACCACUUUUAUCAGUGCCUGCAUUAGGGGAUAAACAUUUCACAAUACAUAUUGUCUUUUCACUACAUUUUCAGCUAUCGAUGGCUAGCAAGUUUUAGGUAAAAAAAAAACACUACAUAUUAAUUUUUUCUGUUGUUUAUUGUGACACGUAUGAAUUGCGAUAUGUAUAAGGUAGGAUAUGCUUUUAAUUUAAAAUAAAGAAUGACAAUUAGGGUAACAAAUCUGACCAUUUAGCGGCCCGGACUUCCCUUAAUCUAGAAACUACUUUCACGGCCAAUGAAAGCUCUUUAAUGAUAAUAGUUCUGUUUUAUGAAUUUUACACUGUACGAAUUCGUGUUAAAUGUGUGAUAAAUAUAUGCAAAACCUGAUGUCCCUCUAGUUAUUGAAAAAAGCGUA